AUGGACAAUAUGAUAACUAAUGCCCUUGGGUUUAAUACGCCGAUUUAUGUGCCAAAUGAUGUCGACGACCCUGCUGAUGAUGAAUAUGACGCUGAUGUUAACGUCGAGAGACCAAAUGAGGAAGCCCAGCGAUUUUUUGAUCUUUUGAAAGAGACAAAUACACCGUUGUGUGAAGGCUCUCGAGACUCAAAGUUAACGGUGUGUAUUAGACUUUUGGGUAUCAAGUCUGAAUGUCUUGUUUCAGAAUACACCAUGGACUUGAUAACAAAACUGAUGUUGGAUAUAACAAUAGACCGUCCUCUUGAUUUGCCAAAAAAUUAUUACGAAGCAAGACAAUUGGUUGCAAAGUUAGGACUCGGAGCGAAGAGAAUUGACUGUUGUGUUAACGGGUGUAUGUUGUACUAUAGCAACGAAUUUGGUGUAGAUGACGGUGCAUUACUUGAAUGUAAAUUUUGUCAAGAACCAAGAUAUCGUGUAACAAGAAAUUCACGGUCAGUCAGAAGGAAGCCAAUCCCAAGAAAGGCGAUGUUCUAUUUACCCAUAAUACCAAGGUUGCAAAGGUUGUAUGCAUCGAUGCAAACAGCCAGUAAAAUGACAUGGCAUCGUGAAAACUAUGAAAGGAGAAAAAUGUCAGAUGGAUUUACACCAUAUACUCAAGUAUCAGCCACUCCAUAUUCAUGUUGGCCUGUUCUGGUUACCCCGUACAAUCUUCCUCCUGAUAUGUGCAUGUCAAAACCUUACAUGUUUUUAGCCGCUGUAAUACCAGGCCCAUCUAGUCCAACUGUUGGUAUUGAUAUCUAUUUACAACCUUUGAUUGAUGAUUUGAAGAGAUUGUGGAACGGUGUUGCGACGUAUGAUAUCAACCAAAAACGAAAUUUCAAUAUGAGAGGAGCUUUGAUGUGGACCAUUAAUGAUUUUCCUGCAUAUGGGAUGUUGUCUGGAUGGGGGACACAUGGUAAACUAGGAUGUCCUAUUUGCAUGAUGGACACCAAAGCGUUUUGGUUACACAACGGUGGGAAGGCUACUUGGUUUGACUGUCAUCGUCGGUUCUUGCCUACUGAUCAUCCGUUUAGAAGAAAUAAAAAUGCUUUUGUUCAUGGUGACACCGAGACUCGUGAUCCACCAGAUUAUUUGACAUCCCGACAAGUCUGGAACAAAGUGAAAGAUAUUCCAAAGGUUGAGGUUGUAGGUGGUGUUGCAUCUAAACCGCGUGGUUAUGGACAAACACACAACUGGACAAAAAGAAGAAAAACGAAAGAUAAUGACAACGCGAGGAGAGACAUAGGGUUGUAUUGCAAACGUAACGAACUGUUGUUGGUGGAGACAUCUAACGGCAAACUUCUUAAACCUCGUGCAAACUAUACUUUAUCUCCUGAAGAAGCAAAAUCUGUUUGUCGAUGGGUAAAAGAAGUGAAGAUGCCGGACGGUUAUUCGUCGAAUUUGGCGAGAUGCGCUGAUGUUGACCAUGGAAGGAUGCGUGGGAUGAAAAGUCAUGAUUGUCAUGUUUUUUUCCAGACUUUACUUCCGAUUGCAUUUAGUUCUUUACCCCAACAUGUAUUGAAUCCGCUUAUUGAAAUCAGUCAAUUUUUCAAGAAUUUGUGUUCGACAACGCUAAGAGAGGCUGAUCUCAUCAAGAUGGAAAAUGACAUUCCACUGAUCUUGUGUAAGUUGGAGAGAAUAUUUCCUCCUGCCUUGUUUGAUUCUAUGGAGCAUGUUGUGGUGCAUCUUGCAUACGAGGCUAGGCUUGGUGGGCCGGUUCAAUAUAGAUGGAUGUACCCGUUCGAAAGGUUCAUGGGUUAUGCAAAACGUGCCGUGAAAAACAAAGCUAGGGUCGAAGGCUCAAUUUGUGCAACAUACUUACACCGCGAAACAAUUUACUUUUGUUCGCAUUACUUCAAAGACACGUUGUCAUCAAGCCAUAUUCGCAAUGAAACUGAAACAUCUCGGCCUGUGAGAAUUCACCCAUUAAACAUGUCAAUAUUCAGCUUGCCUGGUCGUAAUGGUGGUGGUGAGAAAGUGUUGUAUCCUGGUGACAAAGUUCUCUAUUCGGCGCAUGUUCACUUGCUGAUUAAUUGCAAUGAAGUCGAGCCAUAUUUACAGUGA